AUGGCGCCCUCAAACACCAACGGCACAUCCGAAAAAAAGACGCUGUCUAUGCCACUACUAAACCCUUCAUUACAGGUCACCGCAGACCACAAUCUCAAGCAAGAGGAUGCGCCAGUGUAUGCGCCAAGUCACGGGGAAGUCCUACUGCACAUCAAGGCUACAGGCGUUUGCGGGUCCGACAUACAUUUUUGGAAAACAGGGAGAAUCGGGUCGCUUGUUGUCGAAGGCGAUUGCAUCCUGGGCCACGAGGCAGCCGGAGUUGUCUUACAAUGCGGUGAAGGCGUGAAGAGCCUGAAGCCUGGAGAUCGUGUGGCCGUCGAACCUGGCGUUCCCUGCGGCGAUUGCUUCUUAUGUCUGGACGGUCGCUACAACCUUUGCGAAGAUGUUCAAUUUGCAGGUGUUUACCCCUACCACGGCACGAUUCAGCGGUACAAGACACAUCCUGCGAAAUGGUGUCACAAAUUGCCGGACAACGUCAGCUAUGCGGAAGGUGCACUGCUAGAGCCGCUGUCGGUCGUCAUGCAUGGCGUCAAGUCAGCCGGUUUGACGCUCGGUCGUGGUGCUGUAGUAUGUGGGGCUGGGCCCAUCGGCCUCAUCGCGCUCGCAGCAGCAAGAGCAAGUGGUGCGCAUCCUAUUGUCAUCACAGACCUCGACCCGAAGCGAUUGGCGUUUGCAAAGAAGUUUGUUCCUUCGGCUCUCACCUACCAUGUCGACCGAAAUUUGGAUGCAGAGAGCAAUUCUAGAAAUAUCAGGACUCUAUUCAACUAUGAGCACGCUGGCGAGUACGGCGCACCAGAGGUAGUGCUCGAGUGCACAGGUGUUGAAAGCAGUGUGGUUACUGCAGCAUACACAGUGCGAAGAGGCGGGACAGUCAUGGUCAUUGGUGUAGGCAAGGAGAUCAUGAACAACCUUCCGUUUAUGCAUAUCUCACUUGCAGAGAUCGACCUCAAGUUUAUUAACCGGUAUCGCGACACGUGGCCAGCCGGCCUACAGUGUAUAGCUGGGGGCAUCGUCGACUUGAAGCCGCUUGUCAGUCAUACAUAUCCAUUGGAAAAAGCAUUGGACGCAUUGCACGCAUGUGCCGAUCUGAGCAACGGAAGCAUCAAGGUGCAAAUCAUCGAUGAAGUAGACGAUGUGUUGUGA